GACUGGAUUUUAUUGGCAGUAUACAUGUUGUAAGUUACAAUAUAUAUGCCUACUGUAUAUAAUGUUUGAAACUAGGAAUUCAACAGCUUGUAAUUUUAAAUUUAUCUCUGCAUAUAACUCCUGAACAUUCUUUCCUUCUAAUUUCUUACAUUCUAUAGUGAUAAAAAAUCCAAAAUGAGCAACAAACGGAAAGCGCUCACAUUCAGUGACUCAGACAGUUUGGAUUCAGCUUCAGAUUCUGAACUUCUAAAUAUUGGGAAGAAAAGACCAAGGACUGGCAGCAAAAGUGCAAGUAGAAGUCCUUCCAGCAGCCCAUCUUUAUCUAAGAAGAGGACGGCCGCUGCCAACACUGCUGCUGUGCCUGCCGCUGCAGUGCCACAGAGACCUCCUGGCUCUGACUCAGAUACCAGUGAUGGCUCUGACUCAGACUGGGAUACCAGAGCCUCAAACAAGAAGAAAAAGAAACCUCUAUCAAAAUCGAGGAAGACUCGCAUCACGCGAGCAGAAUCUGAAUCGGAACCAGAAGAAGGAGAAGUGAGUGACAGCGGGAGUGGUGAAGGCAGCAUCGACGGCGUCAGUGACGAUGAGAAGGAGUUCGACGACGGGCUCGACGAGAACCUCAUCGGCGACGAAGCUGACCGAGUGCGUCUCGAGCAGAUGACGGAGAAGGAGCGAGAGCAAGAGCUCUUCAACAGAAUCGAAAAAAGAGAAGCUCUAAAAACGCGAUUUGAUAUCGAGAAAAAAUUACGACUUGCUAAGAAGAAAGAGCAAAGGAAGAAGAAAGAACCUGAUACACGACCUAAAGAGAAAGAAAAGGAGAAAGAUAAGGAUAAAGAUAAAAUUAACGAAGCUCUUGCUGUGAUACCUUCUGACAGGAAGAAAACUCUGGAGGAGAACAAGGCUGGUCGGACUGAGAAGUUUGCUGCGUUGAAGGCUAAACGCGAGUACAAGAAGAUGGCCGAGGAAAAAGAGCAAGAGAAGAAGAAGGCUGAAGAGCAGAAGAAGGAAGAAGAAUAUGUUGGCUCAGAGAGCGAAGGCAGCGAGAAGAGAAGCAAGCAGAAGCUGAACCCAAGUCAGGUGUUCAGCAGCGACGACGAGAGCGAUCACAGCAGCGGCCGGUCCUCCAACAAGCCUGGACGACGGUCGCGGUCUUCGUCCUCUUCCUCCUCCAGCAGCGACUCCGACUCCAACAAGUCUGACGUGAGUGACCCCGGACGUCGGUCUAACCGCGUCACUACCGUCACCAGCAAAGAGCAGCUCGAACGCAUCCGCCUGUCCCGCUACAAGAUGUCGCGCUACGUGCACUUGCCCAUCUUCUCCAAAGCCAUCAUCGGCUGCUUUGUCAGGAUUGGCAUUGGCACCAACGGCAGUGUGCCUGUUUACAGGGUGGCGGAGAUCACUGAAGUGUGCGAGACGGCAAAGAUUUACAACCUCGAGAAAACCAAAACCAACAAAGGCCUACGACUGCGUCAUGGCAAGCAGGAGCGCGUGUUUAGGCUUGAGUUCAUCAGCAACAGACCCUUCACCGACUCCGAGUACAAUAAGUGGGUGGAAGCCUGCGCAACAUAUGAGGUGCCCUUGCCGACGCUGGAGACCCUCUCGAAGAAGGAGAAGGAUAUCAAGGAUCUCUUGAGCUACCAGUACACAAAUGAAGACAUUGACACUAUGGUAAACGAGCGGCUGCGGUUCAACAAACGUCCUACGAACUUUGCUGUGGCUAAGACCGAGCUGCUUAAGAAGAGGGACAUCGCACAACAGUCUGGAGAUCAGGAGUCGAUAAUGAAGGUUAUUGACGAGUUGGCGGAGUUAGACAACACGUCGACACGGCUGGACAAGCGGCGCACGGCAACCAUAUCUUCUAUCCUCUACAUCAACGAACGUAACAGGAAGGAGAAUGUCAUCAAGGCUGAAAAAGCCAUCAAGGCAGAGUCCGAUUUACGGAAAGGAGUGCGCGUUUCGGAUCCAUUCACUCGCCGCCAGACGCGCCCAACGAUCGUCACCAAAGACAUUCGGGCUCCAGACAUGACGUCCGACGAGCGCUCCAAAGCCGCCGAGGAUGAGCGCCGGCUUAAAGCCGAGCGCGAGUUGAAGAAAAAAGAGGAAGAAGCUCAGCGUAAGAGGAUUGAGGAAGAAAAGGCCAAAGAAGCUGAAAGGAAGCGGAUACAAGAAGAGGACCUGUACGCAGCGCACGACUUCGACCUGAACAUCGACCUGGGACCUGAUAUGCCUGUGGUUUCCUCAACGCCGGCAGCGCCUGGUCGCAGCAACGGCGCAGCGGCCGCCCUAAAUGGCUCAGCAGCUCCGACCCCCAAGCGUUCCUUAAACCUCGAGGAAUACAAGAAGAAAAAAGGCCUACUUUGAGCUGUUCAGCUCCCUUAGGCCAUUAGCUUCUAGAGGGUUAGCAGUCGUUUGAAUUUGUCGCGUUUCAUUACGAGAGUUGUUUACUUGGCCCAGCUCGUCGUGACAUAAAACUGAUCAAUUUCGAGCGUGAAGCUUAGUUAUGUACAUAAAACAUCGCUAGGAGAACUUGUCUAAAACGCGAGUUUCUGCGUUUGAGGCAGCUUCUACGAACGAAGUGAUUUGACUGCAAACUAAUAUUUAAUAAGUAGACCGUAACUCUGCAUACCCUUUAUCUUGAACACGACCCAGUUCCAGCUUCCUGCAUGACAAUUAUCGAGUGAUAAUUCCUGUUUUUGCUGCGGUAGAAAUGCUUUUGAAAUUUUGCUUUUGUUACAAAUCCUUGAGAACCUUUGUACUUUCUAAACAGAUGAUUUAACUCAUAAAUUAAUUUAGAAACCCCGCGCUGGCUGCGAAAUUUCAAUUAAAGAUCCAGGUGAUUUUGCACGAUCAUUUCAGUCCGUCUCCUGAAUAGUUUUAUUAUAUUUCAAUAAUUUUUGGUCCCCGCACUUUUGUUUCAAUUACGGAAUAAAAUGAUCCCACUAAUCCACAUACGUAAACACGAUCACCACCUGGCGGACUGCAAGCGUUUGCCCCAAUAUACUCUGGUGUUAGCGUACUUCGUAGGAAUAGCGCUCUACUAGGUGGACAUUUUUCCCCUUACGAGACCAUUUUGGUUCACCUAACUCUUACAGAUCCUUUAGCGUUGUGCUAAGAUUGGUUUUUAUGUACAAAUUUGAAUAUAUCUUUGUAUGCAUAAUUCAAUUAAUUUAGGGAUGAAAAUUAUUAUUUAUUAAAUUUAAAGCGCACGUAAAAUCUUCAACUUGAUUCUAUGUCAAGUUGGACGUUCGCUGCAGUGCUGGCUGGCAUCGUUUCAUUCUUUCAUGCGUUUGGAGCUUCCCUAAUCUGAGGUGUCGAGGUAACUUCGAAACUACUCCGCGCUCCGGGAAUGAUCUCAAAUGCUAAUGGAUUUUAGUUACAAUUUGAGAGUAACUACCGCACUAAGGCUCCGAGUGACGGUUUGUUACUAGUCAAUUUGACAAGAUGCUCCCACAAUUGGGUUCGUUCAACCAUGGGUAACAAUUUCUGUUGAGAUGAAUAUCAUGUUAACAAAUUUUCCUUGGUUAAGAAUUAUGUAAAAGUUUAUAGGAACUCGCAUAGUUGACCGUAAAUUACAACUGGGUGGUACGGGCCGUUAAUUUCGUCUUUUCAUCAGAGCUUCUUGGGUGGCGGGAUAUAAUGAAUUUAUCAGGCAACACUCGGGUCUGGGUGCGUCAUCUCUAUAUAUUCUUGUUGUUGAAGACUUCGACUGGAUUAGGUGCGGAAUAUUCGUGCGUCUAGCCAAGAGAACAGCUUUGUUGUUCCUACGGCUUGAAUACCCGGAUAUUUGUAAUUAAUUUUCAGAUUUUGUGUUACGAGUCCCAAUGAAUUACGAUCGUUGAGCUCGACGCUAAAUAGCUCAUAAGCAAGUAUCUUUAAGUUAUUUAUGAAUUUUAGUCUUCCGCAACUGUUCAGAUGUUCUCAUUCUCCUGCAACGUGAUAAUCGGUUGAGAUUUCUUCUUGCCUCUAAUUUAGAAUCAGCUGAAUUUAUUGUGAAACGGCUUGUGUACGAUCGAUUUAAUUCACAAAUUUUUUUGUUUUAUUAGCUUUGUUGGUUCCAUUCCAGCAGAACGUAGCUGUAAUUACUGAAAAUUUUCAAUGGAACUUCUGCCACAAUUUUAUUUUUAAAGAUAGAAAAAUUAAUUGUUGUUGGUCAAUCGAAUUCCUUGUCUUGUCUCACUGCUGCUGGCUUGAUCGUAUUCCUGUGUUGACGAAUUCCGGUUCAACGUUCGCGAGUUGAGAGAAAACAGUAAAUGAACAAAUCGUCAA